CUCCAAUCAAACGACAAUUCCUGUAUUUUUUCUGUGUUUUGUAAUCCUCUGUUUUACACUUCUAUUCCUGUCAGAAUCCUGUGUUUUUUCUAUUCCUCUGUUUUUUCUACCCUGCGAUUUAAAGGGGGCCUUACUUUACAGAUUUCUAACUUACAUUUAAAAAGAAAAAGGAAAAUACAUGUACUAGUGUGUAGUGUCCGACGUUAUAUGAAAAAACGAGCCAGAGUGAGAGGGACCCUUGCUGCAAAAAACGGACUGAUUUUUAAUGGUUGUGACACGCUCCCCCAAAUCUGCAGUCCCGAAGCGAAGUUCAAUCCAUCCCCAAAUGUCCCGGCCAACCCAACACCACCCCACCGCCGCCGCCACCGCCGUCAUCCUCCUCUUACUUGCAGUAUCCCCGGCGCCGUCCGGCGCGGAUCCGGACGACGAGCGGUGCCUGUCGAGCCUCCAGCAAUCUUUGUCCGGCCUCCGCAACUGGAGCAAGGCCUCCUUCUCCGCCCCCUGCGAGGGCUUCAUCUCCCACCUCCAGGGCGUCACCUGCAACAACGGCCGUGUCUACAAGCUCUCCCUCCCGGGCCUCUCCCUCGCCGGCACCAUCCCGCCGGACCUCUCCAACUGCACCAACCUCCAGUCGCUCGACCUCUCCUCCAACGCGCUCUCCGGCGCCAUCCCCCCGGAGCUCUCCGGCCUGCUCAACCUCGCCGUGCUCAACCUCUCCGCCAACCGCCUCUCCGGCGCCAUCCCAAGGGACCUCGCCCGCUGCGCAUACCUCAACGUCAUAGAUCUCCACGCCAACCAGCUCACCGGCAGCAUCCCCGACGAGCUCGGCCUCCUCGUCCGCCUCUCCACCUUCGACGUCUCCUACAACCGCCUCUCCGGUCCCAUCCCGGUGCUCCUCGCCAACCGCUCCGGGACGACGGGGAGGUUCAAUGCCACCUCCUUCGUCGGGAACAAGGACCUGUACGGCUACCCGCUGCCGCCCAUGCGGGGGCACGCCCUCUCCGUCCUCGCCAUAGUCGGCAUCGGCCUCGGCAGCGGCCUGCUCAGCCUCGUCCUCAGCUUCUCCGCCGUCUGCCUCUGGCUACGCGCCACCGACCGCACGGCCACCAUGCCCGGCGAGGAGGGCAAGAUCUCCCACCUCAUGCCCGACUACUGAACCCAAGAUCCGUGUUGGAUUUCUGGAUCCGAUCGAGCAGUGGAGCGUAGCCGCCAUCUUCUUUCUUGCCUCAGAUGCUCAUCUAAUUGCAGUUAAUAAUUAAUUGCUGCAUUCUUAUCUCUUUUUUAGCGUGGGCUUUCUUCUUUUCUUCUCUGGUGUUCAAUAACUAAUUUUUUUUUUCUUCUUUUACUUUGGAUUUCUAGAGAGAGUCAUCAGUGAGAGGAGUUAGGCGUGAUGACAUCAGCUUUUGUGUAUAGGUACUACCGAAGAAUUUAUGUCACUUCACCGGAAGACUGCUGCUGAUCUUGCUAGCUUAUGCUUGAGAUGGAAUACUCUGCUUUCGCACUUGGAUUUUUUUAUUUCUCUCACUCCACAAUGGCGGCGAAUCCUGCAUCAAAUUGACUUAUGCUAUGCUAUUCUAUUCUAACCAGAUUGUGUGCUCUACAUUGUCCCAGAUUAACUUAUUGUACUCGAUAUUUUUAAUCAGAUUGUGUGUUCUAUAGUGUUCCAGAUUAACUUAUAUUCUAAUCAGAUUGUGUGCUC